AUGGCGCAUAAGAAUGACUCUGCCGCAUCUCUAUCUUUGGCCACGUCCUUGUCGCCCGCCGCCUCCACUACCGUCACAACCCGAAGCGUGCGCUCCGACUCCGCUACGGCGUCGUUGACUCCGGCGACGACGGCAAGCAUGGUCAGCGAAAGCCUCUCCCCGAUAGGUCCUUCCUCGGCGUCGUCGUCCUGUUAUUCCCCAGGCAUGGAUGCCAUCGGCCGCAUGACGCCAUUGCCGUCGCCUCUCGCCAGCUGCGAGUCUCCCGGACCCUGGAACCAGUUCAGAGGGUUGUCGCGGAACCCCUCCGUGACUCGGGGAACCCCGGUGCGACCAUCCCUCAGCAGUCGCGGGAACUCGGCCCUUGUCACGUCUAGUGGCGAGUCGCUCGACACUGCAUUGGCGGCGCAGAACCAACGGAUAACCUUCCAAGCUCUCCGACCACCACCUGCUCCUGCGCAACCGCAGUUUUCCUUCAACGGCACGACGGGUCAGAAGCUGGAUUUUGAGUCGACCCUUCCGAUACCAAUCCGUCGCAGCCUGUCGAAGAAUGGCGGACACGAGCGGAGUCCCUCGCUACCGGUAUUCGACGCUUCGACCAAGAUACACCGCGAAAAAUGUCUGGCGCAGCGACGGAGAACACUCUCUUCCGCCGAUUCGAGUCCAUAUCUCAGCGGGAGCGUCACGUCGUUGUCGUCGGUUUCCAGCAUGGAAACGUGUUGCGCCGAUCCGGACGAAAAGAGUGUUCGGUUGAUCAGGAAGCAGAAGCUCGAGAGCUUCGAGGCCAAGAGCACGAGGACGGGUAGGGUCAAGAGGUGGAGAGGAAUGCGUCUUAUAGGGCAAGGUGCAUUCAGCAAAGUCAUACUAGCAACAUCGGAGGACAUUCCGGACGAGGUCGACCAAGUGCACGACGAAGGUGUGGUCGUGGACGACGAGCCCGUCACUCUGAACCCGCGGAAAUACGUCGCCGUGAAGAUUAUCGAGCACGGCGCCGCGGGUACGGAAUCGAAAGAGAGAGUGGAGAGCGGCUUGAAACGGGAACUCGACAUUCUCAUGUCCGUCCAUCAUCCCUGUUUGGUCCGGUUGAAGGCUUUUAACAUUGAGCCUUCCCGCGCGCUAUUGGUGCUUAACUUUUGCGCCGGAGGGGAUCUGUUCGAUGUCGCCACGGAUUACUCGAUCAAACUGAGGCCGCGGUUGAUCCGCCGUAUAUUCGCAGAGAUCGUCAGUGCCGUGCGGUAUCUACAUCAAAACGGAAUUGUACACCGUGAUGUCAAGCUCGAAAACGUCCUGGUCAAUCUUACACGGCCACAGCUCAACGCUGUCUCAGAUUCGCCCUUCGAUUAUCCUCACCCCAUCAUCACACUCACCGAUGUGGGACUCAGUCGUCGUGUCGACUUUGAGAAGGACGAUCUGCUGACCACACGGUGUGGCUCGGACGACUACGCCGCCCCCGAGCUCAUAAUGGGACAGCCGUACGAUGGGCGCUCGACCGAUGCCUGGGCGCUCGGCGUGCUACUUUAUGCACUGCUGGAGGGACAAUUGCCGUUUGACCCGCCGCCCGAUAGCUCGGAGAAGAAGAUGCGGAGUAAGACGGCGCACAAGAUUGCUCGCUGCGAGUGGAAAUGGGUCAAGCUGGCGGCGCCGGGCUAUGACGAACAGUUUGAGGGCGGAAAGAGGAUUGUGAUGAGUCUACUGAAGCGCGCGCUAAAGAGAUGGAAGCUCGACGCUGUCUGCGAUGACGAGUGGGUCAAGAACGCUAUCACUGUGCCACUCCAGGAGAUUGAGGAGUGAAGAUCAACACGCUGCGUUCGUGUUGGUGUGUUUGGUUAGCUGCUAGCUAUGAGGUGAUUAUUUUGCCGUGUUUUAUUUUAUUUUCUUUAUUUUCCUUUGGGCAAAGGUUUCACGAUGGGAUGGGACGGGAUGGAAGGGGGGGAGGGGGAGCUGGGCAUUUGGAAAUGCAUUGUUUUUGGACACGAAUUAGUUUUUCGGACGGGAGGAUACAACGAUGGAUGGAUGGAUGGACAGAUGGGAUUAUGGAUGAUGGUUCAUGCUAACACCAUUCACCGAGCUACCUAGCCAGGUACUAGAGUACAUCUUACUCCAUGCUAAUAUUGCGACCCCAUUUACUUUCCCUUUCGUUUUCCGUUUCCGUUUUCCGUUUCGGUUUCUUUUCCCGUAAUCUGAGCUUUCUUCCUCGAGGCUGAAUCGAGUCGGAAAUGUA